GUAAGGAAUCUAAAUUGGUUCUGCUCAAAAACGAAAACGAUGGGUUCCAUUGAAGAAGAAGCAAGACCUCUCAUCGAAGAAGGUUUAAUACUACAGGAAGCGAAAUUGUAUGCUGAAGAUGGUUCAGUGGACUUUAAUGGAAACCCACCAUUGAAGGAGAAAACUGGAAACUGGAAAGCUUGUCCUUUUAUUCUUGGUAAUGAAUGUUGUGAGAGGCUAGCUUACUAUGGUAUUGCUGGGAAUCUUAUCACUUACCUCACCACUAAGCUACAUCAAGGAAAUGUUUCUGCUGCUACAAAUGUUACUACAUGGCAAGGGACUUGUUAUCUUACUCCUCUUAUUGGAGCUGUUUUGGCCGAUGCUUACUGGGGACGAUACUGGACUAUUGCUUGUUUCUCCGGGAUUUAUUUCAUCGGGAUGUCGGCGUUAACUCUUUCAGCCUCAGUUCCGGCAUUGAAGCCAGCGGAAUGCAUUGGUGAUUUUUGUCCAUCAGCUACACCAGCUCAGUAUGCGAUGUUUUUUGGCGGGCUUUACCUGAUCGCUCUUGGAACUGGAGGUAUCAAACCGUGUGUUUCAUCCUUUGGUGCAGAUCAGUUUGAUGACACGGACUCGCGUGAACGAGUUAGAAAAGCUUCGUUCUUUAACUGGUUUUACUUCUCCAUCAAUAUUGGAGCACUUGUGUCAUCUAGUCUUCUAGUUUGGAUUCAAGAGAAUCGCGGGUGGGGUUUAGGGUUUGGGAUACCAACCGUGUUCAUGGGACUAGCCAUUGCAAGUUUCUUCUUUGGCACACCGCUUUAUAGGUUUCAGAAACCUGGAGGAAGCCCUAUAACUCGGAUUUCCCAAGUUGUGGUCGCUUCAUUCCGGAAAUCAUCUGUGAAACUCCCUGAAGACCCCACGCUUCUGUAUGAAACACAAGACAAGAACUCCGCUAUUGCUGGAAGUAGAAAAAUCGAGCAUACCGAUGAUUGCAAGUAUCUUGACAAAGCCGCUGUUAUCUCUGAAGAAGAAUCGAAAUCCGGAGAUUAUUCCAACUCAUGGAGACUAUGCACGGUUACGCAAGUCGAAGAACUCAAGAUUCUGAUCCGAAUGUUCCCAAUCUGGGCUUCCGGUAUCAUUUUCUCAGCUGUAUACGCACAAAUGUCCACAAUGUUUGUUCAACAAGGCCGAGCCAUGAACUGCAAAAUCGGAUCAUUCCAGCUUCCUCCUGCAGCACUCGGGACAUUCGACACCGCUAGCGUCAUCAUCUGGGUCCCGCUCUAUGACCGGUUCAUCGUUCCCUUAGCAAGACGGUUCACAGGAGUAGACAAAGGAUUCACCGAGAUACAAAGAAUGGGAAUCGGUCUGUUUGUCUCUGUUCUCUGUAUGGCAGCUGCAGCCAUUGUCGAAAUCAUCCGUCUCCAUAUGGCCAACGACCUCGGAUUAGUCGAGUCCGGAGCCCCAGUUCCCAUAUCCGUCUUAUGGCAGAUUCCACAGUACUUCAUUCUCGGUGCAGCAGAAGUAUUCUACUUCAUCGGGCAGCUAGAAUUCUUCUACGACCAAUCUCCAGAUGCAAUGAGAAGCUUGUGCAGUGCCUUAGCUCUUCUGACCAACGCACUUGGGAACUACUUGAGCUCGUUGAUCCUCACGCUCGUGACUUAUUUCACGACAAGAAAUGGUCAAGAAGGUUGGAUAUCAGAUAAUCUCAAUUCGGGUCAUCUCGAUUACUUCUUCUGGCUUUUGGCUGGUCUUAGCCUUGUGAACAUGGCGGUUUACUUCUUCUCUGCUGCUAGGUAUAAGCAAAAGAAGGCUUCGUAGUAAUGUUGUUUACUCUCUCUCCGUUCAUUACAUACAACAAAAGUUUGUUUCUUUCAACUGUAACUGUCUCUGUAUCUCUUUUGUGUUAUUGCUGUGUACUUUCUCUUUCAAUUUCAAAAGUUUAAGUCGCAUUUGCAAUAUUAUACACACUUCAGGGUCCGAAUACUAAAUUGAGAGAAAUUAU